UGCCUUGUUCCUGUGCUAGGUGCUGAUGCCGCAGGAGAAUGGAGGAGAAGGCUGGGCGUGGCAGCAUCAAGCCCUACGUGGACAGACUCACCCUGGGGGUCACGCGCAUCUUAGAAGCUUCUCCGGGAGUGACCGAAGUGACGUUUGUAGAGAAGGAGGCAGCAGAGCGGCACACCAUUGUUUCGUGGGAGCAGAAAAAUGGCUGCGUGCUGCCGGAGGAUUUGAAGAAUUUCUACCUGAUGAUGGACGGCUUCCACAUGACUUGGAGCAUCAAGAUGGACGAUAACUCCAUGCCCCUGGGCUCCAUGACGAUCAACAGUAUCUCCAAGCUCAACCGCCUGGGCGCCGCGCCAGCUUACACCCUGCCCAGCGCGCCAACUCUUGCCGACUUGGAGGACACCGAUUU